CUCUCCUCAAAACGUAUACCUAGAAUUGGAAGCAAAAAUCUCAUCUUUAAACUAGCGAGUACCCGCGCCUUCGCAUUUCACUUCAUAUUCUCAUCUCAACUUGUAAUUUCUUUCCUCACCACGCUCAACUUGUAAUUUGUAAUUUCUUUCCAACUUCUUCUUUUUUCAGUUUUGUUUCAUAUCAAUUAUAAUUUCUCGAGGCAAUUUUUUCCAGCAUAUCUGAAAGCCAAUAUAGUUGUGAUUGUGAUUCAUCAAUUUGAGGUGACCCAAUUAAAUUUGGAUUAUGGAGACGGAUAGUAAUGAUGGCACGCUCAUUUUAGUUAAGCAAGGAGCUGAAGCUAGAGUGUUCGAGUCUACUUUUGUUGGAAGGAGAUCAAUUAUUAAGGAACGGUUCUCAAAGAAAUAUAGACAUCCAUUACUGGAUUCCAAGCUUACACUCAAGCGAUUGAAUGCAGAAGCAAGGUGCAUGACCAAAGCUAGGCGACUCGGAGUAGCCACACCAGUGUUGUAUGCUGUUGACCCAAUAUUAUAUACCCUGACAUUUGAGUAUGUGGAAGGUUCUCCUGUGAAAGAUAUAUUGCUUGAAAUUGGGUCAAGUGGUGGUGAUUCAAAACAGUUGAGUGACAUUGCGAUGCAGAUUGGUGUUGCAAUUGGGAAGUUACAUGAUGGUGGUUUAGUUCAUGGUGACCUGACCACAUCAAACAUGUUGAUCAGGAGUGGUACCAAUGAACUCGUUCUUAUUGAUUUUGGUCUGAGCUUCACUUCAACUAUUCCAGAAGACAAAGCUGUUGAUCUAUAUGUGUUGGAACGAGCGCUGCUAUCAAUGCAUUCUUCGUGUGGGAAUUUGAUGGAGUUAAUUCUUGCUUCAUACCGGAAGACUUCGAAGCAAUGGUCAUCGACCUCGAACAAAUUGGCUCAAGUGCGUCAGAGAGGCCGAAAACGCACCAUGGUUGGUUAAGUAAUUUCACUUUUAAUCUGUUUUGUUGAAUUAUCACUUGACUUCUUGUGUAGUAAACUCAUUGAACGUUUUGAACAAUGUAUUUAAUUAAUCUUAAUCUUAAAAACAAAUCAACAAUUUUGUUUUCGUGAUUGCAA